AUGAAACACAGCAUUUUUGCUAUUGGUCUGCAGAAAGAAAUGCAAUCAUGGCAGUCAGUCUUGGUGGCCCAAAGGGUGAUGCAACACACAUUGCUCAGGCCCAGCAAGCUGAUCAAUCAGAAAGCAAAGAUUCUGCUGUCUGGAAUCACUGAUCAUGCAGCACAGUGCAAGGCACACAUACAGAAAAGAACAGCUGCAGACAACACUCCAGCAGCCUUAAUCCCAGAGUCAAGCAAGGCAGCAUUACAAGGGGGCGAUGUGGAGGGCCUGGAGGCCCAUGGGACAGUAUCACACCAUGGUUUGAUGACUCCACGGGCGCAGGAUCCAGACAGGAGGCAGGGUGAGGAAGAGAAAGAGAAAGAGGAAAGAAAGAGAAGAAAAGAAUCAAGCAGCCAUUUAUUGAAGCAGCAUGAGAGGUUGCAAAAGUGGCAAGAGGGCCUGCCAUCCCCAAAGCAGCAACAGUGCUGCUGCAAUGGGCCUAGCACACAAUACAGACCAACAAGAGCAGUGCCCAGCCUGCUGGGCACUCCACUAACCAGCACAAAAGAUACUCUGUAA